AUGGCGCUUGUCCAAGCUAUUCUCCCUCCAUUCCUAUGGUUUUUCAUGGGAAAUUUUAUGACUUAUGGCAAAGAAGAAUUUCGUUUAAAUCGUUCCUCAGAGCUUUUAAGGCUUUCAGACUUGGGGCUCUCCCCGAACGAAUCAAACAUUGCAUUGUGGGGGAAGCGUCAAAAAGAAAUUGAUAAGCGCUUCCAGGAUUCCGCCACACCUGUUUUUUAUGCAAUGCUUACAUUGUCUGUUGCUACAUUUUGUGCUGCGUUUAUACAGAGACUAGUGUGGGAAAUCUCUGCAAUCCGCCAAGUCUUUAGAGCCAAAAAAGCAUAUAUUCGCAAACUUUUGCAUAUGGAUAUUGCCUGGCUUGAAUCUAGACAUUCUGGACAAGUUGCCUCUGUUCUCAAUGACCAGGCUGAUUGUAUUUAUCAAGGGAUGGCUGACCAUUUACCUAUGUGCUUUUUUAUGUAA